ACCAGCUGCUUGUUAAUCGCCUCCCGGAGGUGUCAUUGCUCCCAUCCGAGGGGGAAAGAACCAACGCUCCUGCUCGUGGUUCCAGUGUCUCUCUCUCUCUGUCUCUCUCUGUCUUUCUGUGUUUCGCUCCUGUCUUUUGUUGUUGUUUCCUUCCUGCACCGUGACCGCCCGGCCCCGGCGCCCCGCUCCCUGCACACCGGACUCCGCGGCGCUCCGUGUUGCGGCGUUUCUCUCAUCGUUUCCCCAGAGAAGCACAAGAGGGCUCGGGAGAAGAGCAAGAUGUGUCCGUGUGUCGGUGUGUGACCGCGCUCGGCUCGGCUCCGCUCAAACACUCGCCACAUCCUGGUUGGCGGAGGCAGCCCGUCCCGCCGCUCCCUCGGUGUCCGGCGUUCGCGAGGCCGUCUGGUUUUUUGGAGUAACGCGCAACGGAAGGAAAAGGGGACCUGGGCUGUGACAGAAGUUACAGGCCGUUGACCUUUUUGUGGAAAUGAAACUACACACGCGCACUUGGAGACCGUUCGCAGUCCCUCUCUGCCCACAACUCUGCCUCCCCCUGUGGGAAACAAAGCGCCCAGUGUCUCCCCGGAGCGCAGCUGGACACAGCUGCUGAGCCCCGAGCUGCAGCUCCAGCCCCAGGACGGGACGGAGCUCUGUGGCCGGACCAGGGGUCUGCUGCUGCUGCUGCUGCUGCUGCACAACCGGUGAGAGUGCAAUGAGGAGAGGUUUCAGAGUGUGAGGCCAUGGGCUGCACCUCGGCCAAGCAGGUGUCGGCCGUGCCCAGCGAUGAGGAGGGACGCGGCAAGGCCUACAGCAACGGAGACCUCUUCACGGAUGAAUACAAGAUGAAAGGAGUGGAGGAGGUGAAGUACAUGAGGGGGGAAGAAAACAGAGUGAAUGUACGCAACCAGGAAAACCUGGAGAAGAGUAAUGUACAGUACAGGGGCAAACAGCAGAAAGAGGUCGCUGCUGCAAACGUCAAGUCAAAUAUUCACUCGUCGGAGAGCCAGCAGGAAUUUUUCAGGAUGCUGGAUGAGAAGAUUGAGAAGGGGCGAGACUACUGUUCGGGGGAGGAGGAGGAGGAAGAGGAGGAGGAGGAGGAAGAAGAUGGGACAUAGCACAGAGGUCCCAAAAUGAACCCCCACAGAGAAGCCUCACUGUGUGUGUGUGUAUGCUUGUGUGCGUGCGUGCGUGCGUAAAUGCUUGUGUGUCUGUGAGAGUGAGAGAGUGCUGAAUCAGUGUUUUACCAGUAGGAUUGUUUAUGUGAUGGGACACUGUUGGUAUGAGCAUGUGUGCGCUUUAUGAAGAUAUGGCAAAGAUAGUAUUUUAAUCGCGAGUGAAAGAGUGGGGGACACAUGGAAAAGAGUGAGAGAGAGAGAAAGAGAGAGAAUGGGAUAAAGAAAUCUUUCUUCAGAGCCCUCCUCUCAUCGCACCUCGUCCCUUCAGGCCCCUGAGUGGUGGCAGAGUGAUGAAGGGACAGACGGAUGAAAGGAGGGAGAGAUGGAGGAGGAUGCGACGACCGAUUGCCGCACAUUGCCGUGAACAAAGAAAAGGACUCGUCACCUUCGGGUCAUAAUGGAUUUAUUUCCUCAAGUGGGACAACAGCAGCUCCUCGACCCUACACCUGUCCCUCCACAUCUGUCUGUCUUCCCCGCCAUGGUGUAAUACUGACUAUUCAACCCUUUCCUUUAGACAAAGGAAUGCCCAAAUAUGGACCAACCAAGAGAGGACAAUCAUUGACUUGGUGGGUGUGUGGAGGACUGAGAGACACACAAAUGGAGAAGAAAGGAAAGCCGGGGAGGAGAAGUUGCUGAAGGCAGAGGAGUUAUGUAACGCCACCAGGAUCAACACAGAACUUUUUGGCCUGCCUCCUGCAGCCAUGAGGAGCCAUGAGGAGCUGGGCCACAAGGGACCGAGGACAAGGGUGAGGGCGGGUGAAGGAACGUGGAGAAGAAAGUUUGGGAUAUUUUAAUAAAAGAGAGUAGGGAGCGAGCUGGUGAUUUAGAAACUCUAAACUCCUCCUGCCUUCUGAAGUCCAGGACCUUUUUUAUUUUUAUUUUUUAUUCUGUGCCGCAGCCACUCAUUCACUUAUUUUUUUCCCUUUUGAGAUGUUUUUUUUCUUCUUCUACAGUUUGUUUGAUUCUUGGCCCUCCUUCGUAGUGUGCCAUCAUCAUGUUCAGUGUCUUUAUCUUCCACUGCACCACAGCAGGCAGACGGAGGCUGCGUAGGUCAGAGCAUCUGUGUCUCAACCCAAUCCGCCCGCGUUUAUAUACCAUAACACAGCAGAUCCUAACUGACGUGCACCUCCAUCGGCUCUUUUAUUGUACAUAUGGUAAAACUCUCCAUCACACCUCUACACGAACAUAACUACCACACCAACGCACACAUAUACAGUGUUGUAUCCCUCUCAUUUCACCAGAAGACUGUCUGUCGCGUGCAUUGAGUAGAGGUAUUCUUUAAAUCUCUAUUACUGCUUCGUUUCACACUCGGGGCCCCGAUGCAGCGAACCGGGCGAGGAUGCGUGGUUACCAUGGAGACACAGUCCUGACCACAUGCUGUUGUUUUUUUGUUGUUGUCAUCUAUACUGGAUACUUCCUGUUGUAUUAUUUUGAAUACUUCUUUUCUAUUAAAAAUAAAAAUGCAGAAGCUCUUAA